AUGCUUUCCCUGUGCAUAGUUCUUAUUGUUUUUUUUUUUGUUGUUUCUCCCUUUCUUCUUCCUUCCUCUUUUCUUUACCUACAAUACUCCUAUUAUUUUUUUUUCUUCAGUUCCUUCCCUAUUUUCCCUCUUACUCACAGACAUUGUUUCAUUUGGUCUCCUUUCUUUUAUCCACUCUAUUUUCUCUUCUUCUUCUUCUUUCAAAUCCUGUUUCUUUUCUCUUUUCAUCUUUCUUCAAUUCCUCUCAUUUUUAUUUCCAAUAUUCAUCUUCUUUUCAUAUGUUCUUCCUACUUGAAUUCCACUUUUUUUUCUCCAGUUUUCUCAUUGCUUUUUCUUCCCCUUCUCAUUCAUUUGACUACUACUACUUCUUUUUUUUUGCCUACUCCCUGUUGCUUCAGGUUUAAUAUAUUUAUCUUUCUUUCUCUCUCUCUCUCUCUCUCUAAAAAAUGUUUCCUCCUCUGUUGGUUUAAUCAUUUUUUCUCUUUUACUCAAAAGAUCUCCUCUUUUCCCCCACUUUCAUUCUUUCCUUUUAAAAUUCUUACCUUUACAUUGUGUCAAACAAGUGAAAAGUUUCUGUCAAGUGACAGUUAA